GCCUCUCUCCCGGGCCGCCGAGGGGCCGGGCUGGGACUGCGCGCUCGCCUGCCGCGCUCUGGGCCGCCGGAGAGAGCGGCCGGACCUCGCGCCCCGCGCGCUCCGCGCCCAGCCGCCGCCGGCUUUUGUUGUCUCCGCUUCCCUUGCCGCCGGCGCCUCCGGACCGCGAGCCGAGUGCGCCGGGACCUUGGCUCUGCCCUUCGCGGGCGGGGGCUGCACGGGCCCGGCCGGGGGCGCCGCCGGCCCCGCCAUGGAGCUCCGGGCCCGAGGCUGGUGGCUGCUGUGCGUGGCCGUCGCGCUGGCCGCCUGCGCCCACGGGGACCCUGCCAGCAAGAGUCGGAGCUGCGGCGAAGUCCGCCAGAUCUACGGGGCCAAGGGCUUCAGCCUGAGCGACGUGCCCCAGGCGGAGAUCUCGGGUGAGCACCUGCGGAUCUGCCCCCAGGGCUACACCUGCUGCACCAGCGAGAUGGAGGAGAAGCUGGCCAACCGCAGCCGCGCCGAGCUGGAGACGGCGCUCCUAGACAGCGGCCGGGCCCUGCAGGCCACGCUGGCCGCCCAGCUGCGGGGCUUUGACGAUCACUUCCAGCGCCUGCUGAACGACUCGGAGCGGGCGCUGCAGGAGGCCUUCCCGGGCGCCUUCGGAGAGCUGUACGUGCAGAACGCCAAGGCCUUCCGCGACCUGUAUACCGAGCUGCGCCUCUACUACCGUGGCGCCAACCUGCACCUGGAGGAGACGCUGGCCGAGUUCUGGGCCCGCCUGCUCGAGCGCCUCUUCCGGCAGCUGCACCCGCAGCUGCUGCUGCCCGACGACUACCUGGACUGCCUGGGCAAGCAGGCCGAGCCGCUGCGGCCCUUCGGCGAGGCCCCCCGCGAGCUGCGCCUGCGCGCCACCCGCGCCUUCGUGGCGGCGCGCGCCUUUGUGCAGGGCCUGGGCGUGGCCAGCGACGUGGUCCGGAAGGUGGCCCAGGUGCCCCUGAGCCCGGAGUGCUCACGGUCUGUCAUGAAGCUGGUGUACUGCGCCCACUGCCUGGGUGUGCCCGGCGCCCGGCCCUGCCCCGACUACUGCCGCAACGUGCUCAAGGGCUGCCUGGCCAACCAGGCCGACCUGGACGCCGAGUGGAGGAACCUUCUGGACUCCAUGGUGCUCAUCACAGACAAGUUCUGGGGCCCGACGGGCGCAGAGAGCGUCGUCGGCGGCGUGCACUUGUGGCUGGCAGAGGCCAUCGGCGCCCUACAGGACAGCAGCGACACCCUGACGGCCAAGGUCAUCCAGAGCUGCGGGAACCCCAAGGUGAACCCCCAGGGCCCUGAGCCCGAGGAGAAGCGGCGCCGGGGCAAGCUGGCGCUGCCGGAGAAGCCGCCCACGGGCACGCUGCAGAAGCUGGUCUCCGAGGCCAAGGCCCAGCUCCGAGAUGCCCAGGACUUCUGGAUCAGCCUCCCGGGGACGCUGUGCAGUGAGAAGUUGGCCAUGAGCGCGGCCAGCGAUGACCGCUGCUGGAACGGGGUGGCCAAGGGUCGGUACCUCCCCGAGGUGAUGGGCGAUGGCCUGGCCAACCAGAUCAACAACCCCGAGGUGGAGGUGGACAUCACCAAGCCCGACAUGACCAUCCGCCAGCAGAUCAUGCAGCUGAAGAUCAUGACCAACCGUCUGCGCAGCGCCUACAAUGGCAACGACGUGGACUUCCAGGACGCCAGUGAUGACGGCAGCGGCUCAGGCAGCGGCGAGGGCUGCCCAGACGACGAGUGUGGCCGGAGGGUCAGCAAGAAGGGCUCCAGCUCCCGGACGCCCCUGAGCCACGCCCUCCCCGGCCUUUCCGAGCAGGGGGGCCAGAAGACGUCAGCCACGGGCUGCCCCCGGCCCUGCACGUGCCUCUUGCUCCUCUCCGUUCUCACCCUGGUCCUCUCAGCAGCCAGGCCCCGGUGGCGGUAACUGCCCGGCCCCAGGGACCGAGGCCAAGGACUGACUUUGCCAAAACUCGAAGCAGACGGUAUUGAACUCCCUCGGCCAAGAGCCCCCGGGGCGGGACAGGAAGGGCCGGCGAGGGGCCACGGCCGUGACCGUGCUGGGGGCCGGGCGAGUGGCUUUGCCAGCCACCCUGGCUUUUAGUUUUGUAUGAGGCCCUCAGGUCAGCAGGAAACUGUGUCCCCAAAAGCCAUGCAUUUCAGGGACCUCGGGGAUGCCAGUGCCGUCUCUCCCCCCAGCUCCUGCGCCAUCACGGCAGCACCAGGGCCUGUGAGGAGGCGGCCCGAGCAGUGUCCCGCCGGAGCGCGAGCCGUGCCUUCCUCUCCCGCCUGCUCCGCCGAGCACCGGGGGCUCCAGGUGUCUGAAAGCCAGGCCCACCCCCAGCGCCCAAGAAUCCCUGAGAGGGCGUCGGGGUUCCCGCCGUCCAGGGUCUAACGGGGCCUUUGAGAUCAUGCAUGAACCUUGACCCGCCCCCCCAGAGCCACCUCUGGGCUCUGCUCUCAGCUGCGUCUCUGCGGGGCUGGGCCGCUGCUCCUGGCCAUCCACGUGGGCCCGCGGCCCACACGGGGACUUCUGGCUGUGCAGACGCGCCACCUGCCGUUGUCCUGCCCCCUGUCUCCGCCCAGACCCAGGGCCAGUCCCAGCUCAGGGCGACACAGGCCAGGGCUGCAGGUGACCCCUGGCUGUCACCUGGCCAUAGGGAUGCUGGGUGGCUGGUGAAACUUCAGCUCAGGGCCAGCGAGACCCGGCUCUGCAGGCCGGAGGGACAUCCCUUCCCUGACCCCACCAGCUGCAGGGCCCGGGGAGCUUUGACAGUUAAGGGCUUUUCCAGCCGUGCAUCCUCUGCAAGUGCUUCCCGUUCUCUCACCUAGAGCUGCUUUCUCAGCUCCUCCCGAAAUGCUUUUGAAGAUCCCGGGCGACCUUUUGCGGCCCUGGGAUCUGGGCGCACCCCCGCUCACUCAGGCUAUCCAGGCCCCUCCGUAGACCUGUGGGCCCACCCUCCUGGGCCCUGCCCUCUGCAGGGCCUGGGGAGGGUCUGGCAAGAGAGGGAGCCGGGCAAGGGAGGGUGGUCCUUGAGGGUCUGGGGGAUGCUGAGCCACCAUGGCCAGGGAAAGUGGUCCUAAGCAGCCCCCGGGCCCUCAGAAGGCUGCUUCGCGCUGCUUUGCUUUUCCUCACAGGACCGGGGGGGCCCCUGGCCACUGGUUAGGGCUUCUGGGAUGUGUGGGGUCCUGCACUCUGCCAGCAGCCCAGCCUCACAGGCACACCCGCCCCAUCGUAACCCUGUCGUGCCUGGGCAGGGGGCUGGGCUUGGGGCCUCCUUCCCUGCGAGUGAGGGCUAGCUGAACUCUCAGGGGCUCUGGGGCAGUGACCACCCGUGUGCCAGGACGGCCACCCUUGAGCUACACAUGGACGGCCCCAGAGCGGCCUGCACUCUGGCCCUGCCCUACGUGCAUCUCUGGAAGGGGCGGCCCUGCCACGGUCACUGGCCAGGCAGCGGCCAGGCCUGCUGUCUCCUUGUGCUGCACGGUGUCAGCAGGUGACGUGUGUUCUUUGAGUCCUCGUAUGAAUAAAAGGCUGGAGACCG